AGGCUGCUCAGAGCUCCUGUUUCGCGGUCGAUGCCUCAAUCUUCUUGACCCCCUUCUCCUCACUACCACCACCCGGCGUCCCCUCUUUUCCCUCCCCCUCCUCUCCCUCUCUCAGGCAACACCACCACCAUGGUCAAUUGGCAAGACCCUAAGCUGGUGGCCCGCCUCGGGGCUGCCCAGAUGCCCGUCCUCUUCUUUUGCAUCGGCAUCAUCUUCUAUGAUCAGAUCUAUCUGCUCAAGUUUGACUACAACCUCCUCAAGGCCUCCCGCCGACGUCGUCUGCCCCUCCUCGCCUACUUUGGCGCCAAGAUCUCGUGGUGGGUCUACGCCGUCCUCUGCAUCCUCGGCGCCAUGGGCGUCGGCCCCUACAACUGCAACGCCAUGGUCCGCGCGCUCGAGUUCUUCAUGAGCCUCAUCGCCCUCUGCUCCUCAUCUCUCCUCGCCGUGCGCACCGUCUGCGUCUGGCAGGACGAGAAGGCUAAGCGCAUCGUUGGCUGGACGGUCGGCUUCUUCACUUUUGCCCUUUCUGCCGUAUGGUUUGCGGGGGUGGCGGACAUCCACCUUAUGUGGGUGCCCAAUGGUGGGGGUGCUUGGCAGAACGGCGCCUGCGCACCCAUCAAGGUCGAGAUGCGCUACUUUGUCAAGUACAUCAUGACCAUCGUCUAUGACGCCCUUGUCCUUGUCCUCACCGUAGCGGGCGUCUUCCGCAUGUCAACCAAUGGCCGCACUCGCAUUGGCGCCUUGCUCGUACAGCAGGGUCUCCUCUACUUCCUUGCAACCUUGGCUGCCAACCUCGUUCCCGCCGUCAUCACCAUCCUGCAGCUCAGUCCCUUCAUGUCGCUGUACUUUGCCGUCCCUUCGAGCUUCGUCGCCGUACUGGCCAGCACGAGGCUGUACGUGCAACUGGCGCAAGAGGCUACCUCCCGCGUGGACAGCCAGGGCCGCCAGCAGCGCCACGGAGAGAACAACAAUGUCCAGUGGGGAUCAGGCGGUACCGGCUCAAACGGCAGCACCUCCUUCACAGAGAAGCUGUCCAACUUUAUGCACCGCAAUGCCGGCAACAACAACUCCCGAGCUUCUCGCAUCGCCAGCCCCACGGCACCUGGUGCACCAGGAGCAGCACGCGGUAUCGUCCCCAAGGCUUCGUGCGCUACCACCGUGGGCGGCCCCAGCAGCCCGCAUCGCAAAAAGGCCCCAGCCUUCUACAACUCUGCGCAUCACGACGACUCGCUAGACAUUCGCUCGUUCCAGGACUCGGCGGCCAGCAGCGGUGACUUGGAGAAGCAGCCCAGCCCUAACAACAAUGUUGGCGUUGACUCCAGUCUCGCGCACGGCGUGUCCACAACGCUGUCACACGAUCACGAGCAUGACGGGCCCGUUGACUUCGAUGGCAAUGCGCCCGUGCUACCAGCACCAUUCGUCGCUGCUAUUGACUUGCAGCCUGGAGAGGAGGGUCGCAUAUCGGCAGGGUCGCGCCCUUCCUUCCAGCAACAGCAGCCUGCCCCCACACUCAGCUACUGCGGCAGUGAAAACGACGCUGUCCUCCCUUCGCCCGUCAGCGCUCAGACGCAGCAGCAGGGACGUCAUCACCCCUUCAGCGCUGCAGGUCAGGCAAUGAGCAACGUCCGUCUCCCCCGCAUGCCCGUUGUCCCGCCUACGGCUCAGUCGGGACGUCGUCAACAGGGUACCGCGCAGGAUCGAAGUGGACUUAGAGGCAUCAUCGUUGAGCAGACGAGGGAGGAACUGUCCGAGUAGACGUGCCUGGCAAGUGUAGCCCUCAAGCUUCACCCGCACCAUCGCUUUCCGUCUGGCCCUCGCCUCCUUGUCAUCACUCAUACCAAGUCUAGCACCCCUGCUUCGCAUCUCUUCUGUGCAGCAUCGCACCACAUGCCGUGUCUCUCCCACUUUCUCUCCUUUUCGGUGUUACUUCUUCCUUGGCCUCUUCCUUUCCCUCUCUUUUGGAUGCCGUCCACCCCAUGUAGCAACUUCUUCUCCUGUCCUUCAUAGCAUCA